AUGGAAUCUGAUUCUCCAGAUUUUGCCAAACCAACACGCACCCCGCAGGCAUGUGACAGGUGUCGCCGACAAAAGCUGAAGUGUGACCGCUCUAGACCGUGUGUACUGUGCACUCAUGCUGGGCAUAAAUGCGAAACAAGCCAACGCAUGACACGCCGAACCCGUCGGCGAAACACAGGCAGAGCCCAACCCACACGUCUUGUGACAAACAAACCAAUCGCACCGGCAAUCCAAGCAGCCCGUAGUACUCUGCAUUCUAUCGGAUCAACAGCUGAGACAUCUCACGGCGCGGAUGACUCAAACUUAUAUGCAGGGAAAUCCCCAAAGGAGCCGCAAUCAGGCGCCAAUGCUUCUGCGAUCGACUUCGCUAGACGGGUAUUCAACGAAGAAGAAGCCGGUCGGACACUGACCGGGGCCUCGAUACCUGGUGAUACGGGGGUGACUACAUUUGACAAUUCCUUGUGGCAUUUAACCGACGUGGAACUUCCCCCGGAGGAUGUCAUGCUCGCCUUGAUCGACGUCUAUUUCGAGCGAAUGCAGUGGUUUGUGAUGUUGUUUCACGAGCCGUCAUUCCGACAGACUGUUCGGAGAAUAAUCUCCGGCAAUGCGUGGCGGCGCCAAGAUCUCAGUCCUACUAUGGCUGUGUUGGCAGUGGCUAUGAUAGGGCUGCAGUCUGUGCUACCCGAUCAAAAUUGGCCUGGACAUGAGAUUCUGCGGAAACAUUCCAUUGAUGGAACGAGGCUCAUGCAUGGGUUUAUCAAUGAGAUUCGCCGGAACCUGCUCGACAUCUCGGUUGAUUGUCGGAUUGAGGCUGUCCAAGUCUGUUUCCUGGUAUCUUCAUAUUAUGUCUAUCACAACUCGCCGAGUAUUGCUUGGACUGUCUCCGGUAUGGCUGUGAGAUCCGCAUAUGCCCUCGACUUGUACACGAAGUCAUCACAAUAUGAGAAUCCCGUUGUCGAUGAGAUCCGGUCCCGUUGUUGGAACCAUGCCAUUGUCGCCGACACGUUUACGUCAAUCAUCUACGGAAGACCUUCUUCAAUAGACACAGGACUCGUUGCUCUACAUUCAAUACGAGACAUGGAUGACUUGGUCCUCGACCCGCUGCUUUUGAGGAAUGAAUGGAUCUCGGCAACUGGGAGCCCGGUAACCUCGGCUGGUUUCUUUAGCAUGAAAUACGAGCUUUACGACAUCAUACGACACAUUCUUUCACGCCUUCGACGUCUCCAGGUGAAGAGCGAGAGCACAGAAGAUGAUUUACGGGCUGUUGCAGAAGCUUCGCAAGAGUCAGAGGACCAGCUAAACUCAUGGCGGAAACGGGUGCCUCAAUUGUUCGAUUUCGAGUAUUGGGGCUAUGAUGACCGACUUCAACAGUUCGAGCAACAAAUCGAGGGAUUGCCAGUGCGUGCAAAGCGCCAGGCGGAAACCAUUAUUCUACAAGCUGCCUGUCUCCAAUUGACAUAUGAUGGAGCGUUGAUCCAAGCCCGUCGUCCUCUACUGGAACAGAGGAUUACCAGUGCAUGCUCACGCUCUGUCGCGGACGCCAUUCAUGAAUCAUUGAAGGUGGCCACGGCUGCUGCGCUUCGAAUCUCCCGCAUACCAGUCCUCCGCUUCAAACAUCAUUUUGCUGAAUCUUUUGUCUCCCUACAGCAGUUUACUGCCGGGGUUAUUCUGUGCAUUCCGCCAACUAGUCAGCCGUUCACAACUGUAGCGCACGAGGCCAAGGCGGGUAUUAUGAAGAUCAUUCACGCCAGCACGGCCUUCGGGUCGCACAAUCGAAUAGCAAAACAGACCGCACAGCUGCUUACAGAUUUAUUGAAAGUGACUGCCGAGCGGGAGAUCACCGGUGCACUGAGAAGGGGAGUUGGAUUUGGCUAUCAAGAGCUAACUGGGAGACCGGAGCGACAAACAGGCACAAAACCCACGCCUGAUAAUAUUGGGUUUCCGCAGAUCCAUGAUAGUCUUGGGAUCUCAAAUGACGCCCCUAACAUAGUCUCUCAUGCGAAGGCCGCGAACAAUGAGACGGCUAUGCCGGGGCGGGCGUCGGCCGUAUCGUUCGAAGAUUCUCCAGAGUCAAUGUUCGAAUACCUCGACGACGCUUUCGGGACGUUCGGUGAGAGUGAGUCCUCUGCAUUCCUGUCUUAUAGGUUAUAA